UCGAAUUGUGGUUUGUUGACGCUUCGGUACACUUUCGUUGUGGAUUUCUUUUAUAGUAGCAUAUCAAUUAUAUAUCUGCUGUCAUGUGACCCCAGCUAUCGCAUCGGAAGAAAAUCUCAUUUCAUUAUUAAUCAAGAAAUUGUUUUUUCCCCAAUACAAACGUUGAUCGGUCGACCAAUACGUAGAACACCUUUAUUGGACCUCAAUAUCGAUAAGCUGGCGUUGCGGUGUUUACUCAAGUAAUGACCUGCAUGUUAUGUUUAAUCGGAAUACACUUAGCAAUCAUCAGCAGUAUAGAAUCACAAUGGCGAAUAUCUCAAGAGAAUAGGGUUUGCCUUUUAUAAAGUACCCGGGCCCAGAAGGGAUUAUACCUGAUACACUGUUGAUCAAAGCAUCCCUUUAUCUCCUACCUCUACGGCGGUUAAAGAUGUAUUCGCGAAUACAGUAUAGCAUAGCACGGGUGUACGUUUGGUAAUACAUAAAACACUAUACGAUAAAAAAGGAAGCAUGGAGGUACUCUGGUUUGUUGUGGUCGUAAUGUUUACUUUUAGAAACCUUCUUUGUGCACAAGAUGUUCCUAUAAAGAACAGUGCUUGGUCUGUAAAUCAACAAUAUUCAAACAGGAUAGAACUACCUGCUUUGUUCGACAUGGAAGGACACUCCGCUCUAGCAUGUACCGUGGAAUGUGCAAAAAUUACCGGAUGUGACGUAGUAUCCUACUCAUCGUCUUUAAAACAAUGUCGUGGGUACGUUUCCGUCCUGACCACACCCACCACGACUCCCACUACAGCUGUGGUGCCCUUCGCAACGUCCGAGCCAUCGACAAACGGAACUCGAGUGUUGAAAAGAGUUUGUGCUGGACGUAACUACACGUUUGUAGCCGACUUGAACUGGUGUGUCCGGUUCGUGUUGGCUCCGCAGGAGGACUGGUCAGGAGCCCAGCUAGCCUGUCAGGAGAGCGGGGGAAAGCUGGCUGUGCUGGACACGUUCGAUAAAUAUUCCUACAUCUACGACAACUUCUACGAGUACUACUACACCGAGAGACUGUGGGUCGGAGGGACAUGGGGCAAUGGUUCGUGGCAUUACACGACUGGAGAAGGUCUUAACCAAACUCAGAAUUACUGGCACCAAGUCUUCAAUGAUUCCGAGGACGACGCCUCAUGUCUGUCUUUCUUUAACUUUGUCUUCUAUAGCGGCGUCUGUGGCAACUUCUACUCAUUUUUUUGCGAAGAAAUUUGGUAAAUAACAAGUAACUGUGAGUACAUGAUACUAAACCGCAGCACGUGUGCGCGUGGACACUUUUAUUUAUAGUUGA